AUGAUCAACGUGCCCACACCCACAGGCUACCGAGAGCACCUGUCCGCGCUCGAGUACACGCUGGGCGAGAAGGGUGCGCCGUACUUUGGUCCUGAUCUCGAACCGGACGUGCCUAGCGUGUCAUUGGAGUUGUGGGAGGGAAACCGAUCCAUGGAGGAGUACGCGCAGGAAGUUUUUCCGGUCGAAGAGGCUGCCAACGGUCUCACUUGGAUGGAAGAGGGCGAGAUCUUCCAACAUCCCAAUGUCGUCUUGGGCCUGAGCGAGCAACUCAACCAGGCAAGGCUCUAG